AUGCUGUCGGUGAAAAAUUGCGUGAUUAGCGGUUUUGUUGUUGGUGGUAUUGCUUUUACUGGUUAUCAUCUGUACCAAAGAUACAAAGAAAACGAGGACACAACAGCUACUCAUUUUGUCCAUCCGGAUUGUAACUUGGCUGUCGCUGCAGUGAAAAGAGCAGUCGAAAAGCGCAUUCCGAAAGAAAAUGCCGAAGCCGUCAACAUCAGCCUGGAACUUCAAAUCGCUCUUCUUGAAACAGAGGCCAAAAAGGACGAAGACUUCAUCUUGGAAAAGAUCGCCAGUACCUUGGUUAAUGACGCCAUUGAGAUGGCAAAGAAAACAAUUACAGAGGAGGAGAGAAUUACAAGAGAAARCCAAAACAUGGAAAAUGACGUAGUUUUUGCAUCUAGAAAGCUUGUGGAGCAUGCAAUUAUGUCGGCAAAAGAAAUACUUAUGACACAAAAUUUUGAAAAAGAAAAGGUUGUCAUAGCUUUUGUUGCUAAGGCUCUCGUUGAUGGGGCUAUUCAAUCUGCAAAAGCAACAGUAAUUACUGAAAAUAUUGAAAAAGAACAAAUCGCCACAUCGUUUGUUGCAAARGCACUUGUUGAGGAUGCAAUUCAAUCUGCCAAAGCGAUAGUUAUUGCUGAAAAUGAAAAGAAAGAAAGCGAAUUGRUUUUUGCCGCGAGGGGCCUCGUUUKUGACGUGAUUAAAUCUGCUAAAGCCACAUUAGUAGCUGAAAACGAACAACAACAAAGUACAGCAAUUGAUUAUGUAGCAACAAUWAUGGUAAAUAGUGCAAUUCAAUAUGCUCAAGCAGUAAUCAAGGCAGAAAAUUUGGAAGCAAAACAACUAYCGRCURCACCUAUWGAUUGUCAGUCAGCCUUGGAAUUGGCAGUUGAAACCAAGAUCCAUGAACAAAAAUCUSUCACUGAUAUUGUCGACCACGACCAGGAACAACUUCUUCUCACGGCAAGGAGUCUAGUUGAUCAUGUCAUCAAGUCUGCGCAAAAAGAAAUCUUCAGAAGCAACAGCGUGACGAGAUGUGAUAGUUCUACUGUUUCCUCGUCUUCUUCUCUGCAAAAUUCUGAARAUAUUAGUGACGGCGAAUUGUUUAGCAUUUACCGUUCUUCAGAAGAAAUGUUUGAGCCACUGGCUAACCGCAACGAACAUGAGUAUGACCAAUUUGCGCUUAGCUCCAAUGAAGCCAUCAAAGAUGUCCUGAAUAGUUUUCUAAGCAAAAUCCARGAGGUUGCAAACUCUUCGUUUGCCCAGAGAAAAAGUGAAGCUGAAAUUCUCAAAGUAAAACAUCAGCUAGGAAUUCUUUGGCCCAUUAUAGCAACAUGGUCACCUUCUCACGACAAAGUUACUGAAAGCGAAGUUUCAGAUGAAAAGGUGCAAUCUGAAGAGAGAAGCGGUAAUUCARUAACAACUACUUGUCCUUCGUCUGUUAGCGAAGAUGCUGCGUCAACUAAAACAUAUAAUGAGGAGAAAACGUGUCUAUCAGGACAAAAUCAUCUUCUUUACGAACAAGUGUCCUCUGAAUCAAUUAAAGAAAAUGUUGGUAGUUUAUUUCAAACUAUUGAUGCUUUGUCCGCGUUUCUUUUUGCUCAAAAUAAAUCUGAAGAUGAAAUACAGCAGGCACAAGAGGAACUUAGAAUGUUGUGGCCACUUCUUGUGGAUAUGCGCAACUCUUUACCAUAACAURUAAUGUUCCUGUGAAUGUUCAAGAAUAAUGAGGACUUAUCAGACCAUUUAACUGCCGCUGUUCUUCUUGACUUGUCACUGA